AUGGAUGAGGAAGCCCACCACAGAGCCCGAGUGUGCUCUGGCUCCAACCCCGGGAAAUGCCAGGAGAUGGGAGAUGCAAUACUUUUGUUUCUGGGCACCAUCAUCCUGCUCAACGUGGGGUUCAACGCAGUGACUAUGCUCUGGGCACAGCUGAAGAGCUUCUUGGAUAACGGACGCAACUAUUUUUUCCCCAAAGACACGAGGCACAGCUGUACGGGCAGCCAUCCCCGGUGCACGCGCUGCUCCACGGACCCCAAGACCCAGAGCCCGAGAGCCUCUUCCCGCUUACGUCGCCGCCGAAACUUCCGGCCCAGGCACUCUAACCACCAGGACUCCUGGGUCCCAGACCGGAAGGCGGAGAAGGCUUCUAGGGGCGGCAGGAUGCCACCUCCAUGUGGGCACACCGGGGCUCCCACGGAAGCUCCAUGGGGACCAAGGAAGGAGGAGAUGAUGGGAGCUGGGAAGGCCUCUCGGGUCAGGGCCUUAAAGGGCCAAGCCUCCUUUUACACCAGGCCAGAGACCCCGUCCCAGAUCCAAGCCCCCAUCCACAGUUUGAAGGGCCAGGACCCAAACACAAGCAAGGUGGACAUGGUUCCACUGUCCUUGCCCCAAGAGACCCCAGAGUAUGCCCCACCCCAGUCCCCAGGCCAGGUUCCUGUGCGCCCUUCAGCCCAGGCCCGGACCCACUCCCCGGCCCAUGCUCCUCUCACCCACACCCAUGCCCACACUCUGGCCACUGCCCCAAUCUUUGCCCUAAAUCCUCCCCCCACUCCUGCCUCAGCCACUCCUCCUAUCCCAGGCCCCACCCCAGCCCCUGCCUCCACCCCUGCCCCAGCAUGUGUCAAGGGCCUGAAAAUCCCUCCAGUCACUGCCCCCACCCACACCCACAUCCUAACCCCUAGUCCAUCUCCUCUGGCUGCCUUCAAAUGUGGGGUUUCAACCACACAAGUGGUGUACGAUAACCGCAGGAUAAACCAGAACUGUGUCUACGUAUGCAGGCCUCAGAACUCUGGGUAUUCCAAGAAGGACUUGUGUACCUGCUCCAGACCCCAGGAGAGACAGGGCUCUGGUAUGUUUGGGCAAACAUCAAAGCUACACAUUGGGGAUGGAACCAACUCCCUCACAGGCUCUGGACUGGGCUACCCUGGGCUGAGGAAUCUGGAACAGAAGAUCUCAGGUGACGGCCAAGACAAGCUCUCCCAGCCAAAGACCUUGCCUUACAGUUCUGAGAGGAGGGACAUGGACUCCCAGGCUCCAGUGUACCCCAAGUUCCUGGUCUACUCCCAGGAGGCUGCAUCUGCUAAACCUUGCCUUCAUUUUCCAACAAGUGCCCAGAGUUCACCGCCCACUGUUCCCCCACCAUAUACUCUUUCCCUGCCUCUCAUUCCUCCCAGAUCUUUUGUCCUUUCUCAAUCCACCAGCCCUCAGAAAUCUUCCACCACAUUUCAAACCCCCACCUGCCUUCCAGCUUGCAAGUCUCCUCAGCCCAUCCCUCCCCAGUACUCCACCGUUUCUAAACCUCUCAUUCAAUCACAAUUCCCCAACAUUCAAAAAAGUCUAGGCCUUACCCAAGACCUUGGUCUCCAAAGGAGCCCAUGUCCUUCAAAAGACUCUAGCAUUCACGAGAAUCCAGGCCCUAAACAAAAUCCAGGCCUCCAAAAGAAUCCCGGCCAUAGCCAAGCAUCUUAUCUCUGCAAGAGCCAAAAUGCUUCCCAAGAUGCUGGUCUUCACAAGACUCCAAACCUCUCCCAACAGUCUGGCCCCCAAAAGAGCCCAGGCCCUGCUCAAGAUUUUGGAGGCUAUAAGACUACAGGUGUUGUCCGAGACCCAGGAGUCUUCAGAAGCCUGGGCCUUACCCAACAGUCUGGCCUACAGAAGAGUCCAGCCCUUUCCCAAGACUCUGGAAUCAAUAGGAGCCCAGGCUUUGCCCAAACCUCUGAGCUCUGUAAGGGCCCAGGCCUUAUCCAAGACUUAUCUAAGACUCAAGUUAACAGGAACUUGGAACAUACCCAAGACCAGAAUCUCCACAAGGGCCCAGGAAUUAAUCCAGAUCCAGGCCCACAUAAGGGCCCAGCCCUUACCCUAGACUCGGGUCUCUCCAAGAUUCCAGGCCUUAACCAGGAAUCUGGCCUCCACAAGGACUCAAGCCUUGUCCAAGAUCCUGGCCUCCACAAAUGCCCAGGGCUUGUUCGAGGUACUGGCUCUGCCCAAGGCCCUCUUCAGACCCCAAAGUCAACACCGUCCCUAACGAAGUCAUCUAUAUCCAAGGACCACCCUCAGAAAGAGGAUGGAGAGAAGCACAUACCUUGGACUUCUGUCCCACUCAGCCAGAAUUCCUGCCCUUCCAAGGCCCCGGGGAUGUGCAGUGACCUGCAAACCUUCUCAGAGGUUCCUGUACUAAUUGAGCUAAAGCCACCCUCCCGGAAGGCAGCCAGCGAAGACUGGGUGUACCACCCUGUAUCUACAGUUCCUUCAGCCUGCCAGACCUAUCGCCAGAUGUCUGUGCCUCCCAAAAUCAAGUCACAGCUCCACUUUCUUGGACCAGGUGCCCGGGCUGGGCACGUGGUCUUUGACGCCCGCCAGAGACAGUUAGGAGUGGGCAGGGACAAGUGUGAAGCUCUCGCCCCCAGGCGCUUUCGCCAAGAGACACCCAACAACUCAGGGCAGAGCAGCAAGGCGUAA